UCAGAACUCGUAGCAAGCAUUUAAUGGCGGCUUGGAAAAAAACACAAAAAUGUUUUUAAAAAUCCUAAUUUUUUUACUGGUGCUCAAUCGGAUACUAUCGCAACGUAUACCUUGCUUGGAAAACGAUAUUGAGUGUCACAAGCUGCUGGCUGCAGAUGGAAAUUGUGUUGAGUCGCAGUGUUCGGAUUUUAUGGAAUGUGGGCCGUCGAAUAAAUGCCAAUGCAAAACAGCAUUCCGGGAAUAUUUUGAUGGACCUCGAAAUAUUAGUCGUUGUGUAUUUUAUUUGCCCUCGGCCUGCGGUGAUGAUAUGGAAUGUGGUCCCCUGGCCCAAUGUUCUUUGGAUGAGCGAAAUUGCCAUUGCAUGGAAGGAUAUCAGAUGGUGACCCUAGAAAAUGAGUUGCGCCAAUUUUGUGAAGAGCUCAACAAUGGCAGAGAAGAAGUUCAACCCAAAUGUUCACCAGAUUAUGUGGCAUGUUUCGAUAAAUGUUGUGGUCUUGGGGUUGAGUGUUCCGAAGAGGGUGAAUGUGGCUGUGGCCAGGGACUUGUGACUAUCUACAAUGAAGAAAAUCGAACUCUUAGCUGUGAACUGGAAAAUGCAAAUCAAAUAACAUGCCCUGAAGAUUGCCCCCUAAAUAGUCAAUGUCGGGAGGGGGAGUGUAAAUGCGAGGAGGGAUUUGAGGGUGUUACAAUGGAUGGCAAGUUUAGCUGCAGGUUGGAAAUAAUUUGUAGAUCAGGUCACACGAAAUGUUUUGGGAAAUGCUGUCCACCAAAUGCCGAAUGUGUCGAGGGAAAUUGCAUCUGCCCAAAGGGGUUUGUAGAGUCAAAGGACCCUCUGACCAAUAACUUGCUCUGCGUGAAACUUGAAAAACCAACAACAAAAUCUUCUAUUGGAUUUCUAGAUGACAUUUUCAAUUUCGAGAAUUUUUGUCAAAAUUCCCGCAAUAAAUGCUCGAAAUCGUGCUGCAAGACAAAUGCUCAUUGCAAUGAGAAGGGGGAGUGUGUAUGCCGCUCGUCGCGAUUCGUUGAGAGGCAUACAAAGGUAAUGAAGGCGAAAUAUUGCGAAGAACUGCCAAGGACAUAUGAUAACUUGAUUUAUAUGAGCCUUGGGGGAGUAUGCAUCCUGGUGGCUUUACUGGUCCUGUGUGCCAAAUGUUGUUUGUAUUUUAAGAAAAGGACUUAGAAAAAAUCCAAAAAAAAAUGGAGAGCAGCAUUUUUUUUAAAUUUAAAAAAUAAAAUCGUUUCUAUGUAGCUUUCAAUCAAUAAAGAAUUCUGAUAACAUCGAGGUAAUUAUUUUA